AUGACCACAUUACAGUACUCCCUCCUUCUUUCUCUUACAUUAUCUGCACUUCUCUCCUCCAUCUCAGCCCACAACAUAACCGCCAUUCUCUCAGGCUUCCCAGAAUAUUCCGAGUUUAACAACUACCUUACCCAAACAAAACUAGCCGAUGAAAUCAACACUCGCCAAACUAUAACUGUCUUGGCCCUUAACAAUGGGGCUAUGUCUGCACUUGCAGGCAAACACCCACUUUCAGUCAUCAAGAAUGCUCUUAGUCUCCUCGUUGUCCUUGAUUAUUAUGACACAACAAAACUCCACAAGAUCUCCAAAGGCACAACAUUAUCCACCACUCUUUACCAAACCACCGGAAAUGCCCCUGGCAACCUAGGAUUCGUCAACAUUACAGAUCUCCAAGGUGGUAAAGUCGGCUUCGGCUCCGCUGCUCCCGGCUCAAAACUUGACUCUACUUACACUAAAUCUGUCAAGCAAGUGCCAUACAAUAUUUCAAUUCUUGAAAUCAGCCAGCCGAUUAUAGCUCCAGGGAUUUUAACAGCUCCGGCUCCAACACCGUCAAGUGUAAACAUAACGGCGUUACUUGAAAAGGCUGGAUGCAAAACAUUUGCGGGUUUGUUACGAACUAGCGGCGUUAUUAAAAUGUACCAGACAGCGGCGGAUAAAGGUUUGACUAUUUUUGCACCAAACGACGAGGCGUUCAAGGCUGCAGGAGUACCUGAUUUGAGCAAGCUCACCAACGCCGAAAUAGUAUCGCUCUUACAGUAUCAUGCCACUGCUAGUUACAGUCCGUUUGGGAGUUUGAAAACUAGCAAAGGUCCGAUCCCUACAUUGGCUAGUAACGGUGCAGGUAAGUUCGAUCUGACGGUUACAAGUGCGGGUGACUCGGUCACUCUACACACUGGAAUGGGUCCAUCGCGAGUUGCUGAAACGAUCCUUGACUCAACACCGCUUGCUAUUUUCACUGUUGACAACGUGCUGCUACCGGUUGAGUUGUUCGGUAAAGCUCCGUCGCCAGCUCCGGCUGGGGAACCAGUGAGUGCACCCAGUCCGAGUCCGGUUGCUUCGACUCCAGCUCCGGCUAGUGUUGAAGCUCCAUCUCCGCUGGCUGCUUCACCCCCUGCUCCGCCUAUAGAGACGCCGGAUGGUGCCCCAGCUGACGCGCCUUCUGGAUCCGAGGACAGCAAGGCGGAUGGCAAUGCUGCUGUUCACGUGAGUGUACCUGUACUGGUCACUGUCUUCGCCACUGUAAUUUGCUCGACUCUCAUGUCUUGA